AUGGCGUCCACGAGCUCCAUAGUGAGCUCAAACACGACCUUGGACGUGCCGACACCUACUGCGGAUAAAGUCAGUCCAGGAGCAUUAUACGACCCAAGAAUCCCACCUGACUACCGCAGGAUGUAUUUUCAGCUGCGACAGAACAAACUGAAGCAGCUGAAUAUCUAUGAAACGGCUGAAAACGGUCUCAAACUCAUACCUAUGCACGAAACUUACUCGAAAUUGAGACCAGGAAUGCUCGUACUUGCCGUCUGCGAUGCUCAUGUAUACAAUAUGGUACAGAACAGCCAGCUGACCAGGACUUUCCAACUCAGGAUGCAAGCCAUGAAGGUCCUCAAUCCUUCAGAUGAACCUGUCGAAGAACGCUUGAUCCCCAUCCUUUCCACAACCUCCGUUGAAAUGUCUAAAGACGACUCUGCCAUCGCUGGGUUCUCUACAUUUGAUGUCGCCAUCAGCCCCGCCAAAAAAACGAAGCAAAAUGGACAAAAGCACAGAGGAGGGAAAGGUAAAGAGAAGUUGGACUGA